AUGAAGCACAUGCGCCGUCUCGUCCCUCCCACUCGGGCCCUUCGCCAAAUCCUCCUCACUCCUCAGCCUGCCUUUCGUCCUCAAUUCUUCCAACUCACUCCCCGCAUCAAUGAAAUCCCCUCUCGAUCCUACAGCCCGACUACUCCUCUGCUGAAAUUCCGCACAAGAGCUACUCCUCGUGCCCUGCCGCAAUACAUCCUCGACGAAGAGAUCGGGGCGCUAUAUGUCCAAAUCGUGAACGAAAACAACAGCCUUGACCCCCCUGUCAGUCUUCGAGAUGCUUUGCGACAAAUCGACCGUUCGAGUCAAACAUUGCAACAGGUGUCACCGGGUAGUGGGGAUGGAGUGCCGAUUUGCAAGGUUGUAAACAAGUUUGAGCUGCGGGAAAUCGCAAAGGCAAAGGCGAAACCCGCCAAGGAUGGUCUAAAACAGCUGGAACUGAACUGGGCCAUUGAUGCCCAUGAUCUUGCACAUCGCUUGAAGCAACUCACAACUUUUCUGGAGAAGGGUCGGAAGGUGGAGCUAAUUUUGACGAGAAAGAAGCACAAGCGAUCUCCUACUGUGGAGGAGGUCAAGAAUCUUAUGGACCGGGUCAUGGAGACGGUUCGGGAGGCCAAAGCCUUGCCGGUCAGACCCAUGGAAGGAGAGCCGGGCAAACAUGUGGUGCUGGUGGUGAAGAAGGAUGUUUAA